AUGUACAGCAUUGCGAAAUACACUCCUUUAAGAACGCAAACAACAUUGACGUUUACAACUCAUGUUCGAAAAUACAGCUUGCAUGUUGCUUCUAUUGCUCUUGGUAUACGCUUGUCUCACUCUUCUUUGUUUAGUGGAAAGAAACCCAUCUUGGCUGAGGCCUUCCUACAACAGCCACCACCCGAUAUAAAGUCCCGUAAAGCCAUUACCAAAAAAAGGAUUCUCGACAAAAUCGCUGAACAACAACAGUUAAAGCAUAAUAUUGCAUAUGAUAUUUGGGAGUUAGUCAAACCUGAUCUCUUACUGUUAGGCUUGAUAGUUUUAACUGCUGUUGGCGCCGCAAUUGUUCAGUUACAAACACCCUUAGUCACCGGUCAGCUGGUGAACCUUUUAUCCAACAUCAAGAACUCGGUAACCUUAUCAAUUAAAGAUCUCAACGAACCCGCUAUGAAAUUAUUCGGAUUGCUCACAGCUCAGGGAUUAUUGACAUUCGCUCAUAUCGCACUUGUAUCGGCAUUUGGAGAGAAUGUUGCUAAAAGACUAAGGGCGAAAUUGUUUGCAUCGAUAGUUCAGCAGGAUAUAACAUUUUUUGAUUGUCACCGAAGUGGAGAUUUAGUAAGCCGACUUACAGCGGAUGCAUCUGAGUUUAAGAGCACCUUUAAACAACUUGUUACUCAGGGCCUGAAAUCUGUCACUCAGACCAUUGGAUCUGCUAUUCAACUCUUUCGCAUAUCCACACCCCUUACCGUCACUAUGCUCAGCACCAUGCCCGUUCUCUAUAUUCUACUGAAUUUUUAUGGCGUAUAUUUACGCCGCCUCAGUAAACAUAAUAAACAAUUGGAAGGGCAUACAAGCGGCGUAGCAGGUGAGGUAAUUAGCAACAUACGUACAGUAAGAGCUUUUGCAUCUGAAGAUCGAGAAAUGAGCCAUUACAGCGACACUUGUCAAAGAGUGGCGGAAGCAAAUAAGCACCUGGGAUUACACAUUGGUCUAUUUCAAGGGCUCACUAACAUCUCUAUUGGUUGCAUGAUUUUAACUGUUCUUUAUUAUGGAGGUUCGCUUGUUGCGGAAAAUAAAUUAACGAGUGGUGAUCUGAUGUCGUACAUGCUUUCUAUACAAACAGCUCAACAUUCUUUGGUAUCUCUGGGCGUGCUAUUUGGCCAAUCCAUUAAAGCUGCCGCGUCUGCUACUCGUGUAUUUGAAUUCAUACAUUUACAACCGAAUAUACCUUUAAAGGGUGGCCUCCAACUGCCUAUUAUUAAAGGAGAUGUUGUGUUCAAGAAUGUUGAUUUCAGUUAUCCUACUCGGCCAGAUCACCACGUACUUGACCAAUUCAGUCUACAUAUUCGGCAAGGUACAACAACAGCUCUUUGCGGACCCUCUGGAUCCGGUAAAUCCACCAUUGCCUCUCUUUUGGAAAGAUUCUACGAACCUGUAAACGGAGAGAUUCUACUUGAUGGUCAGGCAUGGACGUCUUUAGACCCUUCUUGGUUAAGACGUCAUAUCGGAUUUAUUAAUCAAGAACCUGUCUUAUUUGCUACAUCAAUUUUGGAAAAUAUUCGAUAUGGCAGGCCAAAUGCAACCUUAGAAGAAGUCAAAGAGGCAGCUCGACAGGCGAAUGCACAUCACUUCAUUGAAGCCUUUCCUGAUGGAUACGAUACGAUUGUUGGAGAGCGAGGAGCUGCUUUGUCUGGUGGUCAGAAACAGCGGGUUGCCAUUGCUAGAGCUAUUCUGAAGGAUCCAAAGCUCAAAGUGAAAAAAUGGUUCAAGAUGCACUUGAUAGAUUAA